CAUGCCAGUCGAUCAUUCGCUCCACGAAUCUAUAGCUUUAAACAGCUGGUCGUCAUGCACUCGAAUGGAAAUUCAUUGUCGUCUGUGGGGACGGCUCGGCUGACGGUGGUCGCGGGGCUGGCGAUGCUGGCGAUGAUUGGGGCCAUGCCAGAGGAAGAGCCACCGCAGCUUUUCGGCGACAUACACAUACCGAGCGAUAUGGAAUCGCUGAGUCUUACCCGAGAGCGCCAGCAGCAUCUCUGCCAGCGCGAGGUGCCCGUUGUCUUCUUCCAGACACGGAGGAGUUCACCCCAUCGAGGCAAUGGCUCCACCAUCUUCUACAAUCGCAUUGAGGUCUGCUGCCUGGGCUACAGGCGCGAUCCCUACUCCGGCAGAUGCGUGCCAGACUGUUCGCAGAGUUCGCCGGACAACUGUUUCAACGGCUUCUGCCGGGCUCCGGGUCGAUGCGAAUGCUUUGCAGAGUUCGUGCGCAACGCGCACGGUGCCUGCAUCCACACCUGCCCCAUAUCCUGCCAGAAUGGCAGGUGCUACCUGAACGGGACAUGUGCCUGCCAUCCAGGCUACGCCCUGGACCGGGAAACGCGCCUCUACUGUCGGCCCCAGUGCUCCCAGGCGUGCGGCACUCAUGAGGAGUGCGUCGCUCCAGGACUUUGCGACUGUUCCCCUGGCUAUCGUCGCACCGACGAGCUGGGCUGUCAGCCCAUCUGCACCCCGGACUGUGGGUACGGCAAGUGCGUUGCUCCCAACCAGUGCGAGUGCUUUCCUGGCUUCAUCAAGCGUCCCCAGCGAAGUGUCUGUGAGGCAGAGUGUCACAUAAACUGCGAGAAUGGCUUCUGCGAGUCGAGGUACAAGUGCCAAUGUCGGGAGGGCUAUCGCUAUGAUCUGAACACCACCAGCUGCCUGCCCGAGUGCGUAGACGACUGCGGCCAUGGGAACGGAGUGUGCAUUGCCCCCGGAGUGUGUCGCUGUUUUGAGGGACACGAGGGCCGAGGCAAUGGGUGUCAUCCCAAGUGCGAUGGAUCUUGUGGCCCCCACGGACUGUGUCUGGAGCCCAAUAUCUGCGGCUGCCGGCCGUCCCAGCAGCACUGCCUGAAUGGCAGCUGCGAUGCCAGCGGCCAUUGCAGCUGCCCCAAUGGACAGACGCACUUCGUCGAUCGCUGCCUAAAGCCACCACAGCUCAUCCAUCAGUUCGCCACGAAUGAAAGAAGGCUGCACUUCAACCAGCAACUUAGCUAUGAGUUCAGUGCCCUGAUCGGACGCCACUUUAAUCUCGGCUAGCCCACACAAUAAAGCUUGUGAUCACCUUA